ACAACGACAUUUUAUUGCCACAUAGCUUUGACGUAAAAAACAAAAACAAUUUUGGUUAAAGUUACUCGUUGUUCGACUUAUUCCGCCCAAAACAAUGGGAAAGACGCAGACUUUCAAAGAUAGACCGAAACCACCAACGAAAGAGCAAAUUCUCGCAGAUCUUUCGUCCGCGCAAGAAACCGACGUUGUAUUUCACACUCAUUUUGCAGAGCAAGUUGCUGCCAUCCCUAACGUGAAGGAAGAUCCUGCAAACAGUGAGAGAUCAGAAGAGACAAACAAAACAGACCCUGCACUGGUGAACUUUACGUAUGAGAAGGUCCGACAGUUAGUGCAUUUACACAACCAAUUAACUUACGAACCACAAAAGUUAAAUGAACAAUAUCAACAAUUAGAAAAGCUUGGUGAAGAGGUAUCACUAUCGAUUGAAGAACUUCGGGCAGCUGCUGAACAUGUUAUGUCAAAAACUAAAAAAUAAAUUCAUUAUAUUUA